UCCCGUCUAUUCGCUCUGUACUGAGCCGAGCUACUUGGCUGCCAUCUUGCCUGGAGCCUGAGCGAGGGAGAGAAGAGACCGCAGGGAAGGGCGACAGUGGUCUCAGGGCCGCCUCGGGGGCCUCAAGAGCCCGAGGCAGCCCCGGAGGUGGUCCCAUGACUCUGGGGCCGGGCUCUUGCACCCUAGAAGGGAAGGCGGGGGGGGAGGAGGGAGGGGGAGCAAGAUGGGUGGGAGAGGCUAAAGAUAGCUGCGGAUGAAGAGGCGUUGCUAUGGUAACCGGCAGAGGGCGGGGUCAGGCCUGAAUGGCUGCAGUGUCAUCGGGUGUUGCCCGGAAAAAGAGCCAGGCUGGGUGGUGACCAUGCAAACCGCUGGGUGAGAUUUCCCGACACCUUGUCCUGAGGGACUCGGUGUCCCGGUGACGAUCACCUGGCGGAAGGGGCGGAAUUAAGAGUCCUUGGCUUGAGAAGCUGACAUUCCAGGCCCUUGUCCUGCAGGCUCCCGCGGGCAGACACAACAGAAGAGGAGGGCAGGGAAUGGCCGCGGUGUGGCAGCAGGUCUUAGCAGUGGACGCGAGGUACAACGCGUACCGCACACCCAGCUUUCCACAGUUUCGGACCCAGUAUAUCCGGCGGCGCAGCCAGCUGCUGCGGGAGAAUGCCAAGGCUGGGCACUCCCCAGCGCUGCGUAGGCAGUACCUGAGGCUACGGGGGCAGCUUUUGGGGCAACGUUACGGGCCCCUCUCGGAACCAGGCAGUGCUCGAGCCUAUAGCAACAGCAUCGUUCGCAGCAGCCGCACCACUCUUGACCGCAUGGAGGAUUUUGAGGACGACCCCCGGACUCUGGGGGCCCGCGGGCACCGCCGUUCUGUCAGCCGAGGCUCCUACCAACUGCAGGCACAGAUGAACCGAACUGUCUAUGAAGACAGGCCCCCCGGCAGCGUGGUGCCCACAUCGGUGGCAGAAGCAAGUCGGGCGAUGGCCGGGGACACGUCGCUGAGUGAGAACUACGCCUUCGCGGGCAUGUAUCAUGUUUUCGACCAGCAUGUGGAUGAGGCAGUCCCCAGGGUGCGCUUUGCCAACGACGACCGGCACCGCCUUGCCUGCUGCUCCCUGGACGGCAGCAUCUCCCUGUGCCAGCUGGUACCUGCCCCACCCACCGUGCUGCACGUCCUACGGGGCCACACCCGCGGUGUCUCCGACUUUGCCUGGUCACUGUCCAACGACAUCCUAGUGUCCACCUCACUGGACGCCACCAUGCGCAUCUGGGCCUCUGAGGAUGGCCGCUGCAUCCGGGAAAUCCCCGACCCUGACGGCGCCGAGCUGCUGUGCUGCACCUUCCAGCCGGUCAACAACAACCUCACUGUGGUGGGGAACGCCAAGCAGAACGUGCACGUCAUGAACAUCUCCACAGGCAAGAAGGUGAAGGGCGGCUCCAGUAAACUGACCGGCCGGGUCCUAGCUCUCUCCUUCGACGCCCCCGGCCGGCUGCUCUGGGCAGGUGAUGACCGCGGCAGUGUCUUCUCUUUCCUCUUCGAUAUGGCCACAGGAAAGCUGACAAAAGCCAAGCGUCUGGUGGUACAUGAGGGGAGCCCGGUGACCAGCAUCUCUGCCCGCUCCUGGGUCAGCCGGGAGGCCCGGGACCCCUCCCUGCUCAUCAACACCUGUCUCAACAAGCUGCUGCUUUAUAGGGUGGUGGACAACGAGGGGACCCUACAGCUGAAGAGAAGCUUCCCCAUUGAGCAGAGCUCACAUCCUGUGCGCAGCAUCUUUUGCCCUCUCAUGUCCUUCCGCCAGGGGGCCUGUGUGGUGACAGGCAGCGAGGACAUGUGCGUGCACUUCUUCGACGUGGAACGGGCUGCCAAGGCCGCAGUCAACAAGCUGCAGGGCCACAGCGCGCCCGUGUUGGAUGUGAGCUUCAACUGCGACGAGAGCCUGCUGGCGUCCAGCGACGCAAGCGGCAUGGUCAUCGUCUGGAGGCGGGAGCAGAAGUAGGAGCCUCCCAGCACACCCACGGCUACGCCCACCCUCCCGUCAACCUCCUGCAGCCAGUCUCCUGUCUGUAAAUAAACUUCCUGUGUUGGUGCCGGAGACACACGGGCUGGCCCCCAGGUCUGCUGCAGGCAGGAGAAGGGAGAAGGCAUCUCCAGAACCCAAGACAGAACAGGGAUCAUGUCAUCGAUUCAUGCAUUCAUUCACUGAUUCACUCACUCAUGCAUUCAUGCACUGAUUCAGUCACUCAUUCCACAACCAUUUAUUGACUGUCUACUGUGCCAUAGGCACCACUCUAAGUGUUUUUACACAAUCAUGCAUUUGACAGGCACCACUGAGCACCUUGCUGGGUGCCAGGAGAUAUUCCAGGCACCAGGGAUCCGGCCGUGACCUAAACUGACUGAAGGCUCCACCCUCCACCGUGUCCUGGUGGAGGCAGGGAGACCACAGUCAAAAAACAUUCAGUAGUUCCCGUAAAGAUGCGUGUUGGGAAGAGAAAUCGGGGCAGGGAGGGGGAGGGAGGUGGGCGAUAGAGUAAUGGGUGGUGAACUGGGCUGUUUAUUUAUUUUCUUGACUUCUUUUUUUAAAAUUGCCACCAGGGUUAUCACUGGUGCUCAGUGCCGGCACUACGAAUCCACCACUCCUGGGAGCCAUUUUUUUCUUUUCUUCUUUCUACUGUAUUUGAUAGGACAGAGAGAAAUUGAGAGGGGGCAGGGAGACAGAGAAUGAGAGAGACAAAAAGACAUCUGCAGAUCUGCUUCACUACUCGUGAAGCUUUCCCCUUGCAGGUAGGGAUCGGGGGCUUGAACCUGGGUCCUUAUGCAUGGUACUAUGUGCUUAACUGGGCGCACCACCACCCAGUCCCCUAUUUAUUUAUUUAUUAGUUUUCUUUUUGGUGCUGCUGUGAGCAGGCACCAGGGUGAAAUUGAAACAAAGACCAGGAGAACAUUCCAGGCAGAGAGAAGAGGCAGUGUAAAGGUGUUGAGACUCUCAUUUGCCAAAUGGGGAAGUCAGUCUGACUGGGCCCUAGUGUGGCCACUGACGGGGGCAGGACAGGCCCAGCCCCGGGACGUUACAUUGACCGCCUGCCCUAAGUCUUUCACUGAUGUUCCGAGCUAGAGGUGAGUCAGUCCCCAGCUGGUUUCAAACAGAGAAGGGGUGUGGUUCAGCUCGGUUGUAAGAAGGCAGAUGCAGGCUCUGGAGUUGGAGAGACUGAAGUCCGAGCUGUGUUGGCUUCUUAGUAGCAUGACCCCCCACUUGUGAUUCAAUAAAUAUUUGAAGAUGCAUUCGAGGAA